ACUAAAGUCGAGGCCUGUUUGGGUUCAGGUCGGACGAUGCUAGGAGAGUUGAGUGGUCGCCCAUCUUACAUCCGCUUUCCGUACGGGAACGCCUUUCAGGAGGUCUACUCUGUCAUAUUCGAGACAGACGUCCAGCAUGGAGACUCCGGUGCCCUUGUUCGGGACCGUCAAACCAGUCGGAUAUACGGUCACAUUGUUGCUGUUAGCAUUGAAAGCCGGACGGCCUUCAUUGUGCCUGCGACACAGGUACUCAAG